CACACGGUGCUUAUUCAACAUGUAAACAAACAUGUAAAGUGAAGUAGUCACCUCAAGAUGCUGCGCUGUACAUCUCUUCCCUUAUCACCCUCUCUAAGACAGUCAGGAAAGAUGGCACUGAGACUGGGUGCUCACUCCAGAGGCACAAGAUUACAACACUUUUGGAGUAAGGCGCAUCAGGAUGUCCUUCGAUCAAAGUUAUCUUAUGUAAGGUCGUGCCACCGGGCUUUGAAACGGCCCCCAAGGAUGUGUGUACUGUGUGCAAGUUCAGUGACUCAGAACGUUUACAGAUCUCAGCUGAGGUUUUAUGCCAGUAGCACCCAUAAUGGUGAGAGUGAUGAUGAAGGCUUCAUCAGUGAUUCUGAGUUUGAUAUUGAUGACUUUGACAGAGAUCAAAUUUUGGAUAAAGAUCAGUUUGACCAGUUAAGAGUCAUUCUGUACAAGAAUCCCAAGGAUCCUGUUGUGAAGGCACUGUCAAUGGCUGCAAGUGUCCAGGAAGUAUUUGAUAUCAUUGAAAAGUGCCAAGAGAAUUUGACAGUGGAGCGGACUAGUCAAGCGAUAAUUACAUUAUGGGAUCUCCAGAAACUAUUUGGUCGAUAUAGCUUUGAAAAUCCAAAUGUGUUAAACCCACAGGUGGCACAGUUUUUGGAAAAGAUUACAACUCAUCCAACUUUCUUGAAACUUUUAGAAAAUAUAGAAAAUUCAUAUGAAGAACUGGAAAAUAAUGCUGUUGCCUGUAUGUUGCUUUAUUUACACAGAAUAGGCAUACCUAACAGUAGUUCUGUAAUGCAGAAACUGUCAAUUUUGUGCCUGAAUAGAAUAGAAAAUUUUAAUGUAAGUGCUUUAUCAAGACUCUCUGUAUACCUACGAGAUCAAGGCUUGAAAGGAUAUUUUUUACAGUCGAAAGCCAUUGCCUUAAUUUCAGCUAAUUUAAGAAAGUGUUCAACUGCUGAUGAACUAAAAUUGAUAACAAUUUGUCUCAGUAGCACAAGAAAACUCAUUACAGAGUCCUUGUUUUUGGAUUACCAAAAGUUGGUGAACAAGCUCUUUGAUCAAGGAGAGUUGGUAGACUGUGAAGUGAAAAUUAUUAUUAAGAUUUUAAAAUUCCUGAACUAUCCAGAGUGGUCUCCUUUUGGAAGUUCUCUGAGUCGGAAGUUGAUGAUGUCUCUGGUAGAUAAGGUUCCCUUGCUAACCCCUGAGCAGGUUAUAGCGGUGAAUAAUUAUUUCCAAAGCUACUUAGAACCACGAGACCUUCUUCUGAAAGUUCAAGAACAUUCAGCAUUGCUUAUUGAGGAAAACAAAUUCUCACACAGAGUUCCAGACUUGUUGCUCUGUCUUGCUCCAUAUAGCUCUUUGAAAGUCAGAAAUCAUUUAGAAGAGCUCGUUGCAGAACAGCUGGAUGACAAGAAUUUUUAUGAGUUUAUUCCCGUCAUAUUUAAGAUUUUAAGGUAUAUCAAGACCUCCAAUAUAAAAUUGUGUAAUGCAUUUUGGUCCAAGGCAAUGCGAGCUGUCGAACGGGAAAUAAAAGAAUUCCCAGAACCUUAUCUAGGGUAUGAAGAGAAUUUGCGAAGAGGUAUCUAUCAUCGGUAUAUGUACUUCAACAACAACCUUGGUGGGACAUACAGACAUUACUAUCUGGAGAAGAACAUGACAAAUAAACUAUAUGAAAAUUUGAAAGGACAAGAAAGAAUUUUACCCAGCAAGGUAGCACAGAUGACAUCAUUCAUCCUAAGUUAUAAUGAUGGUAGUGGAAUACCAGAUGAUCUCUUGGAACAAGUUAUUGGGUAUGCUCCUCAGCUAUCCAUAUUUGAUACCAUUGUAAUGUCAAGAGGUAUUCAGAUCACACUAGCAUUCCACCCAAAUAAUACCCAACGAACUUACACCAAACAGAUAACUACUAUGUGCCAUAUGUUAAAUGGCUGUACUGAAAGACAUAUUAAGAAUGUAAAAUCUCUGUUGGAUGUCACAAGUAUUACACGGGCCUACCUAAGUCGCAAGGGAUCUCCUCGGACCUUCCUUUUCGAAAAGCUGGUUCACUCACAUAUUCCAUUCAUCAGAGAACUUAAUUCAAGACACCUUCGCAACAUAGCAAUGUACUUUCAGCACACUAAAUAUCUGGCUCCUGAGCUGUUGGAUGCCAUGGCUGACUACAUAAUAGAAAACGAGGAGUACGUCCUGCAGGAUACGAUAGAACGUAUCCUAACCUGUAUUUAUUACUUAGGCUACCAUCCCACAUCUGGAAGAAAAUUUUUUGAUGCCUGCACUAGGGUUUUGGAGAAAGGGCCUCACUACCUGCAAGGCCUGAAUACUCUGCAAGCGUGUUUAUCUCUGGCCUUGCACAACCACCUGUCAAGUAAAAUGAUCCAUAAUGUCUUCAAUAUUAAAUUCUUGGACCAGCUAGAUGAGGAAAUAGAUGCAUGUUACUCAAAGGCUUCCUAUCCUUCUCGAGUGCGUCAUCUGCUUAUGGAACUGAAUCGUGCUGUAUGCAUUGAUCAGCCAGAAGAAGGUAUUCCAUGGUUUCAUGAGAAGUAUUGUGAAGAGCUGCUUGAAACUGUUGCUGUACAAGAUUCUGUCUUUCACACUGAAGUUCACCAAGUGUUGUCAGAACUAAUUGGUAAUGCAGAUGUGUUAAGGGCUAAUGCUAAGACACCUUAUUUCUACCUCAUAGAUUUUGAAUUCAUGUUGGAUGAAAAUAAUCAUCCAGUACCAGUGUCUGUUUAUGCUCCUGCAGGCAAUAAGAGUGGAAGUUUUAUUGCAAACAGAAUUGAAAAUAAAAAAGGAUACAGGAGAAUUGCAGUUCUUCUUCACAACGAAAACAGUUACUGCAUCAACAGCCGUCAGUUGAUUGGUCGUUACCAGCUUCAGCGCCGUCACCUUGAAGUCUUGGGCUACACUGUGGUAGAGAUUCCACACUUCAUGUGGUAUUCCAUGGCACUUGGUACUUAUGAAGACAAAGUGAAAUACCUCAGAAGCGUCAUUUAUCUUGAAAGUUCAUGAUGUCAUUGAUGUCUUCAUUUGGUUUGUAGACAUCUUGUUUAAAUGCAUUUACUAGGUUUUAUUAGGUGAUGAUAACAAAUUGUUUAGAUGUAUAUAGGAUAUACAGUUGCUGUACAAAUAUACGUUUACAUUGUAAAUUACAUUUAUUGACAAUUAUUAUUGAUCUUAUGGUGCUGUUACCUCUUUUUGUUAUGAA